AUGUCCGUGUUGGUUAAUGAUAGUCCGACGAAGGAGUUUGUUGUGGAGAAAGGUUUAAGUCAAGGGGAUCCUUUAUCGCCUUUCCUUUUUGUGUUGGUUAUCGAGGGGCUUGCGGGUCUUGUUCGGAAGUUGUCUGAGAACAGUACUUGGAGACAAGUGUGGGAUAUUAAAGUGGUGUUGAAAGCUUUUGAGCUUGUGUCGGGUCUUGGAAUCAAUUAUCAUAAGAGUAAAUUGAUUGGGAUUAAUGCGAAUAAUAAUUUCUUAGAUGCCGCUUCUUUUGUUCUUUCUUGUAAAGUGGAGGCUAGCAAAUUUUUGUUUCUUGGGAUCAUUAUUGGAUGUAAUCCAAGAAGAUACUCUUCUUGGAUAACUCUCUUGUCGAAGAUGAAGAAGCGCCUAGCGGGUUGGAAAAACCGAUUUCUUAGCUUGGGUGGUAGGAUCACUCUCUUGAAAUCCAUUCUUAGCUCGCUCACUAUUUUUAAUAUGUCUUUUUAUAAGAUGCCGGUUAUGGUGGCCAAAGAAUUUACUAGGAUGCAAAGUAUUUUUCUUUGGGGAUGA